ACCAGAUCGGAAAGAAGAUUCGCGGCAAUGGAAGAGGAGAUUGCACGACUAAAGAAAGCUAAUGCUGAUGCACUGGGAGCGGUUGAAACUUGGAAGACUAAGGCACUGAGACCAGGCAACAAACGGGGUUCUGUUGCCGUUACUCCAUCUCUGGUACCUCGCUCCAGAAUGCGCACGAGGCUGACCCCGACUGUGUCGCCUCCCUUUCAUAAAGAACAAGCUAAGCAAGCGAUGGCAGAGCAGGAGCACGAGAUCGAACUACUCAAGAAAUGGAGAUUAAGAAACUUGAAUGGUAGAAGAGAAGCGGAGCAGGAGCUGGAUCGAUUGAAAGAGCACAUGGCGAAUUUGGAAGUGAAGAAGACACCUAUGGCUACCAAUCUGCGAGCACGACUCGAAAAAGUUGUCACGGCGGACAAAGGCAAGAAGCCAGCUACACUUGGAAUGGCCAGACGAGAGAGUACGUUGCAGUGUCAGCGGAAGAUUUUGAAGUAUCUAAAGAAGGAUGAGAUAUUGACCAUAUGCAAUAGGGAGGAUGUUAAUUAUGUUACGCUGGAGAAGACGAAGGAGGAGAUUGCGCAAAAGCGAGCGGAUGCAGAAUGUCGAUUGCAGUCGGCAAACCUGGGGGCGUCGUCAUUCACAAGGUAUCGGAAGGUGCUGAGCCGGGCAAGGAUGGCUGUACCGAUGCUUCUGGUGACUCGGCCACGUCGUAGUAAGGAUACCCGAGCGCGAAUCUUUGGAGUUAACUGAGACGCUGUCUUCGCAUAGGAUAGCCUCCCCGGAGUUGAUUCGAUGUCAAUUGGUUAGUUCGGUGGUUUUUGCACUUGUUGCUCUGCUGAUUUCCAUUAGUGCUAUUCCAUGGGGUAAGAAACUAUGUGGGUUCGUAAGGCAAACUGUUGAUGAUGGGGCGAACGAAGAUUGUUUUCAUGGGCCGCUCGUGUACGUUUUGGUUUCACCAUGGUGUCAUCAAAUGUAUGUUGGGAGUACAUCACGCGAUUUACACACAAGAUGGGGCGAGCACGUUUAUCGGAGUAAAGUGGUGGAAGGUGU